AUGGAGCUGUAUCGAGCCACAAACCUCAGGAAUCUUCCUCUGUCCUGUUGUCCUGGCUGUUCUCACCAUCGCUUCACGACUGUCAGUAUUACCCACUUAGAUGCCCCAUUUUCAAGGGCCAAGAUGGGGAGAAGGAUAUGUGGACAUGACCCUGCCCUUGGAGGGGUCCUGCCUCACCUCCUCAGCCCCUGGAGACACUUGGACUCAUUCGAUAUUCAGAGUACUGUAAAGCCGUCAGCAUUUGGACUCAAAUUUCAGAAAUGUGCUCAGGUCGAGACAGGGAGAGAGUUUCUGGUCACUUUCUUCCUGGUCAUUUCAAACCCGGAUGAGGGAACAGACCUGUCACAGCUGGGUGUCAGGGAUGCCGUGAGUGACAUCAAACUGCUGCAGGGCCAGGGAAAUGUCCAGGAGAGAGGCUUUCAAACCUUUACUACAGACUCGCUAAAGGCUGGGUCUAACUAUGUUGUAAAGUACACUGCCACCAUUAAAGGAAACAGGAGUGAAGUUCUGGCCCUUCCUGCCUUCCUCACGUUCUCCAAUGCAUCACAGAAUGAUAUCAACUUGUUUGGCCCUGUGGUUGCUAAUUUCACCCUUAGGAUGAAUUCAACUGAGAAGAUUUAUCCAAACCAUGCUGUUCACUUUGCGGGCUUUGUUGGAGUCUUCUUCCUCUCCAGCCUGCUGCUCUCUCUGAUCUUCCUGGCUGUCGGCUGGGUUUACAGUAACAGGCUGCUAAACUCUCCACACCAUAGAAGAAAGAGAGCUGGUCUCCACGGAGACGUGGACCCUGAGGAGGGGUUGUGUGACAUCAGUGAGGCGGCGAAAGACGAGGCGGUGUUUGAAGAUAAGAUUAUAGAUAUCAUGGCGCUGGAGGACCCUGUGAACAUGUUCCAGGCUUUAGACAAUUUGGACAUGUCCACUCUGCUGCGUGGGGCCUCUGCGUUGGAGAGUUGUCGCGUUCAGAUGUGUAAGGACGUGAUGGGGUUGUUGGUGGGUGGUGUUCGGGGCCAUGGGCAGUUGAGUGCCCAGGCAGAGCGUCGUCUCCUGGGAGUGUUGGAGGGUCAGCUGCAGGGGAUGGAGGGUAAACUGAAAGAGGAGCACGUGGCUCGCAUGGGAGCCCUGGCGGCCCAGUGUAACCUGGAGAGCAGAGAUGAGAUGGAGAGCAAACAUCACAGAGAGGCUGCAGAGAAAGCCCAGGCUGAAGUACUGUUCCAACACGCUGAGCAACAGGAGGCACUGGAGUGCAGUAUGCUGCUGGAGAAGCUCCAUAAGCUGGAGCAGCAGCAGUUGCAGCAUGGCCUGCUGGUCCGACACGAACAAGCGUCUGCGCAGGCGCAGAGGCAGCUGGUGGUGCGGCGCAGAGUGGAGCUGCACAAGAUCUUCUGUGAGGAGCUGGACGAAGCCACGAGAACAGGAGAGCUGGAGAAAAACAUGGCUAAUGCCCUUCUGCAUGAAUACUUCACCUGUCAGGACCAGUUGGAGGAGGUACUUGAUGUGUUCCUGGCCAAUCAAAGGGCAGUGAUGAGUGAGAGACAUGCCCAAAGGCGGUUCCUGGUCCAGAGCUUGCAGAGCCUGAAGGGCUUGGUGUGUGAUGUCUUCUCCUCUUUUGAGGAAGAGAUCCAGAGCUGGUUCACUGAGCUCAGGAGGGCAGGGUGUGUGUGUGAGGAACAGCUGGAUUCUGUGGCUGAGCAGGUGAAGGUGGAUCUCCAGCGUGUCAGGCAGGGUGUGGAGGAGACCCUAAGCAGAGAAAGAGGAGCUCUUCACUGUGACCUCCUCAAGAGAAGGAGAGCUCUCAUCACUGACAGGUUGCAGGAGCAGAAACAGAAACAGCAGGAGUUGUGUUUCUUAGCUCGAGAUUCCAAGGACAGAGUGGAUCCAGUUAAGCACCUGAACCAGUGGCAGGGUCUGCUUUGUUCCCAGUGCCUGGAACUGGGCGAACUCAUAAACAGUCUGGAUGAAGAGGCAGCUGCAGACAUACGCAAAGUGACCAUGCGUGUGAUCCAAGCCGCGAUACCUGAGCUGAAGGCGGUCCAGUCCAGUGCCGCUCAGACCCUUCUGGGUUCGGGUUUGGGUGUCCCGCGAACCCUGCUCCAGAGAGAGACGGGAAGCAGCCCGCUUGUCGAGGCCCAGGAGAGACUCCACAGUCAGGGCAAAGCGGCAGCACGGUCCCUGGCCACAGCAAGGAGCUCCAUUCAACACAGCAGAGAAGAAGAAAUACAGGAGCAGAGAGAGCUCAGAGAGAGGGCCAGGAAUUUCUUCAGGUGUGUAUGUGUCUCUCCAUUAGCGCUGUCUGAGGAGGAUGUGUUGCGUCUGAAGUUGGAGUUUCAGAAAUGCAUGUGUCACCUGGAUCGUUGUCUGGUGUUACCUCGUGCUGUCACCCGCCUGAAGCUCCACCGUGCUCUUACUGCAGGACGGAAAGAAGCUCUGGACAAACUGGACAACGCGCACCGACCACACACAAACUCACAGAGAAAGUCCAGAGCCAAAGCUUCGUCUGCAGAUCUCGCGUCUUCAGAGGUUGGGUCUGUGGAGGUGAAACCGCUCCAUAACCUCUCAGACCUACAGCUGUUUAGGAAGAGAGUUCAAGACCGGAUUCGUCUGUACGAAGAAGAGAAAGAGAUAGAGAGCGGCGCUAUGGAAAAGGUGUAUAAGGAGUUACGUGAGGAGAGAGAGGAGGAGGUGAGAGCUGAGGAGGAGAGGCUGGCGGUGGAGGUGGCUGCUUUGGCCUGUGAAAAAGCUGAAAAAAGGAUGAGAGCGCUGGAGACCUUCUCUGGCUUUAUCAGCCUGCAGACCCUCCUAAUGCAGGAGCUCCGCAGUCAUACAGCAAUCCUACACAACACAGAGACAAGUCAGAGUAUACACAGCCACCUCCUGGCUUUUGAGGAGGCAGAGCUCCAGCUGCAGAAGGAGAAGACGGAGAGAGAGGAGCUGGUGCGUAGUCAGAGCCCUAAAGCUGUUUCAGCUGACGACCACGACGGACGAGAUGAACCUGAAAAGUUGUUCAGCGUGGAGAAGGACUGCAGGAUUGCCCAGAGCCUGAAGGUGGCGCUGUGUAAAAGACAGCAGGUGGAAGAAUGCCUGACUGAUAGGUUGAGGGAAAUGGAGAUUAAGAAUCAGGUGUUGGAGGAUAUUCAGGAGCAGCUGGAACUUAAGAGAAUUUACACAUAUUGUGAUCAGAAUCUGGACUUUGCCGCUGUACUGGUGAGGCUUAGCCUGGUUCCACAGUGCAUUCUCCAGGAAAUCCUGCGACUUCUCUUACCCACUUUACCCGAGGGGGAACUCCAGUCCCUCUCUGAUGCUCUCUACCCGAAACCAGCAUCCAGCCAACACCAUACCAAAGAGUAUACUGGAGGUGAACAUAGGUCCAUGCUAGGGAGACUAAGAGAGGACAUUGUGGACAGAAAUCUCACACCUUGCUCCCAGGACAAGGACAGUGACAAGGACAAGGAGAGAGUCCUGAAGAAAAGACAAAACUGCUUAGAGAAACUCUUCUUCGACUCCAAAGCAGAGGGUUCAAAAGAGGUUUUAAAGGUCCUGGUUAUGGAAAAGCCAGAAGCUCCGGAGGCCCAGCGAGAGACACACAAAAAUGAGCCUGACCCAGAAUUCCCUCAGCAGGAGUUGGCAGACACUAAUCAGCCCAUCACAGAGAUGCAUACGGAUAAUCAGGGCUGCUCUUUAAACGAAGCUGCUGGAUGGGAGAUGGGGGAGGGGCUAGAGAGGAAAACCUCGGUGGGCGAGGCCUUGGACGUUUCCGACCACGGGGGUAGGGUGUUUGUCUUCCGCUACCCGCCCUCGGAUUCUCAGGACUGCAACAAGACCUUUAAGAGAAAGAGAAAAAGAAACUAUUUAAACUUUAAAAAGGGAAGAAUAGUCCCUCAGAAGCAGGACUAA